GAAGCAGAGAGAGGUUGAACCAAGGAAUCUCUCAGCCCAGUUCGUACUGAGUGGUCUCCCAAACCGGUCGUAUCUGAGACAGAAAAAAGAGGAAUAAAACAAAGGAGAGAAAAGAAGAAUCGAUAUGAGGAACAUCCAGCUUCUCAUCUUAGGCGUUAUUUUCACCGGGUUCCGAAAUCAACAGUUAUUUUCACUCGCUUCGUCCUGUCCUCCUGUUAGAGUUAGUCAGGUUCUCCUCAACCAAACAACAACUGACAGCCAAUAUAUUGAGUACAUAACAGAUGUACCAGAUCUGGAAGCCUUCACGCUAAGCUAUUGGGUGAAGCUCCUCAAAACUAGUUCCGUUGCUUCGCUGUUCACCUACGUAGCUAACGAUACAGACAAGACACGCCUAACAGCCUCAUUAACGGAAAAAUCGAGGUCACAGUUUCUCUCACUGCAAAUCAACGACGUGGCUAUUUUCACCGCGAAAGUUCACCAAGGCUUAAAUGCUGGAGAAUGGCACCACAUCUUGGUUUCAUGGCACGGUGCCACGGGAACAUGGGGUGCCUAUGUUGACGGCGUGCUGUUGGAAAGUGGCAGACAGUUGUUGUCUCAAGGGAUGCUGGUGAAAGGCGGAGGUCGAGCUUUUUCAGGCUACGACCUCACCACGACCCAACACGACCGCAAAGAACGACUUGGCUAAUCAGGAAGACAAUGCUACAACAGGUUUCAGUGCUUGGGUCACGCUGCUGUUCCUGGACACGAGCGCAAUCGAGCAACCAGACUCUUGGUUGAACCGCCUGGCAGUGGAAUUGGUCGCGAGCAAGUGCAUGCCCGAGCAUGGAGGUGACGUCAUAGGUUGGCAGGAUACCCCAAGGAGAGGAUAUGGGGGAGUCCUGGAGGCUACUCUACAAGACCUUUGUCAGGGUCGCGCUAAGUCUUAAAGGAAGGAAAAAGAAGAAGAAGAAGAGAGAAUUGUAUGGUAAUGAUUAUAUUUUAAGAAAUAAAAACGAAACUUUGAUGGUAUUGAUUUGUCAUUUGUUUUUAAAAGGUAAUGAUGUAUUCUUACAGUAGCGUUUUAGAGAGAAAAAAAAGGGCCCCACCUACUUGAAAUUUAAUGCAGGCUGUACGCAUAGGAAUGUAGUUUGAAAUAAGAGUUUUCGAAUAUAACUGAACGAGAAAUGCUACUGUGUAAUAUAUUUGAGACAGACAUUCGGCAUUUGUUACCGAGACCGACGCACACUCUAGAAACUUGAAGUCCCAAAACCAACUGAUAAAAAACGCCACAUUAAGAACCUGUGUUGUUUAUUACUUGAUUUAUCAUGCUCUAUAGGAUGGCAGAGUCCAUUUCCCUCUAUCUCUGUGCGUCGCUCUCGGUAACCUCAACCCUUACCUUAUUUAUGUAUUUAUUUAACAAAUGUUUGGUAUAUAUGUAUCUAAUUAGAUUACUUGUAUUUGUAGCCAAGGGUCGAAGCUCGUGUAUGUCUAAUAUAUGUUUUACGUGUU